AUGCUGAGGUGGGCCGACGAGCUGGUGCGCCAGGAGAUCUGGCAAAACUUGGCUCCAAGUGAGCGCUGCGCCGCGGCCUUCGCCCGGCGCCGGGCGGAGGCGGAGGCGCUGCUGCGCCGGCGAGAGGCCGCCUUCGUGCGCUGCGAGGGCCGGCGGGGCCCCCUGCAGCGCGCGCAGGUCACCUGGCUCACAAAUCGAACACUAGCUGCCUGGCGGUCGUGGCUGGCAGCCGAAAAGGCUGAGCGCCACUUCACCCAACUGAUGGAGGAGUUGCGACGCGAGGAGGAGAGCUUUCAGAAGGAUCAGAAAGCCUUGGCCGCUGACAAGGAGAGCAUCGCUGCUGAUAUCCGCAGGUCGCAGCAGUUGUACGCGGCACGGCGCGGGCGGCAACGACUUGCUACACAGCGGAGUCUUUGGUGUCUUGAGCAAAGCUACACGUGGCGACAAGCCCAAGUUGCCCUGCGAGCUUGGCGCAGAUCCGUUUCCCAUUCUGCUGCGAGGGUGCAGUUGACCUGGCACCUUGCCGCCCAGCGAGAUGUCUUAGUGGCGCUUUGGGCCUGGCAUUCCUCGGCAGUGCAGUGCCGCAGAGAGCGGCAGAGGUCCGAGCUGGAAGCCAAAGAGAGCCAACUGUCUCAGUACCAAGCGACUGCAAGAAGGACCAAGUUGCUAAGUUAUGGGAAUUGGCUCGCCGCCUCACAGCGCUUGCAAGAACACAGGUCUUCGCUUUGGAGCGCGCUUCGGCUGUGGCAGCAGGGGGUGCUGGCAGCAAGGCGCGGCCGCGCGGCGCUGCGCCGCCUCGGAUCCAACGAGGAGUUUGCGCUCCGGGCAUGGUCCGCCUGGCGAGCAGCCCGAGUGCAGGCGCAGGUGGCGGGCAUGUGUGGCUCUGAGCGCUCGGGCGCUUUGGAGUUGGCUGCGGCGCACCGGCACCACGCCGCUGCCGUGAUAGGCAGUUGCUGGCAGUCCUACCAGACCUGGUGGAUGCUGCAAGUGGUGGUGAGCUGGCACCAUAUUGCUCAGAACCGUGGACAUCACUGCGCCAGCGAGCAGCUGGAGCAAGAGAUGCAGUCGUCCUUGGCAGACGCUGCAAAGGCACGGGGGCAGGUAGAACGUCUCCGAGAAGUGUCUGACACCAAGAGCUUCCUUCGUGCUUCGGAGCGCUCACAGCUGGAAGCAGAGCUCGCAGACACCCAGCAGGCUUUUGCGCAGCUGCAAAGAGACCUUGCAGCAGAAGCAUCUAGCUUGGCCGCGCUGGAGCUGGAGCUGCGCCAACUGGAAGCCGGCGAAACCGGCGAAGCCGGAGACAGGAGGGAAGGAACAGAAGGAACAGAAGGAACGGAAGGUACCGAAGGAUCCCGGGGAUCCCUUCCGGCGAGGGUGGAGCGACGGGACUUGGAGCGGGAGCUUUUCGAGAUCCAGCAGCAGCUCCGGCGGCCGUCAACGACACCGGGGCUCUCGGGGCCCACUGCGUAG